UAUGCAUUCGAGGGUAGCAACAGUUGCCUCGAGACCCCCUCGCGCCAUAGUGACUGUAGCCGUGGAUACAGUUACUUACCAACGGGCGCAACACUCAGCAACAGCAGCAGCAGCAUCUGGAAGUCAGAGAGCGCGUGGGAGAGAGGAAAGAGAAGAGCCAGGGCAGAAGUUUUCUCUAAACAAAAGCAUGCAGAGCUCAGAGGGAGGGUCAGACACCACGACCAGCGUGGCAGCACUGCGGACGUCAUCAUCAGCCCAGGCCCCUGUGGUACAGCCUGUACCAGCCUCCCAGCAGAGGGUGCUGGUUCAGGCCACAGGCUCAGCUCAGAAGGGAGGACAAGUACAGCAGCAUUCAGUACCCAGGGUUCAACAGGUCCCUCAGCAGGUGCAACAGGUGCCACAUGUUUACCCAUCCCAGGUCCAAUAUGUAGGAGAGAGUGGAGAAGCUGUUUACACCAAUGGAACUAUCCGAGCAGCCUACUCCUACAACCCUGACACUCAGCUGUAUGGGCAGAGCAGCGGGGGAACCUAUUUUGACUCACAGGCUGGUGGAGCUCAUGUCACCACAGUGGUGUCCUCUGCCAGUGGUGGGGUGCCUCCACAUGGCAUGGUGGGCAUCGCUAUGGAUGUGGGCAGCAGCCACAUCAUCUCCAGCGGGAGCACUUACCUGAUCCACGGAGGAAACAUGGAGGGAAGCCGCAACCACAUAUCACACUCAUCCCGCUCCUCUUCAGCUAUGCUUGAAAUGGCGAUUGAAAACCUCCAAAAGUCUGAAGGAAUUGCAAGUCACAAAAGCAGCCUGCUCAACAGCCAUCUGCAGUGGCUGCUGGAUAACUAUGAGACAGCGGAGGGAGUGAGCCUGCCCCGCUGCUCCCUAUACAACCAUUACCUGAGGCACUGUCAGGAACAGAAACUGGACCCAGUCAACGCAGCCUCCUUUGGAAAGCUCAUCCGCUCGGUCUUCAUGGGACUGAGGACCCGCCGUCUCGGCACCAGAGGAAACUCUAAGUAUCAUUACUAUGGCAUCCGGGUGAAGCCAGACUCACCACUCAACCGGCUGCAGGAAGACACGCAGUACAUGGCCAUGAGGCAGCAGCCUGUCCACCAGAAACAGAGGUUCAAACCUCUGCAGAAGGUGGAUGGGAUGUCUGACAGCCUGUGUGGGAGCUCUCAGCACUGUAACAGCACCCCAGAGCAGUCUGUGGCUGCUCAGAGCCAACACCACCAGCAGUACAUAGAUACGUCCCACUCCUUGCCUCAAUUUCCCUCUCCUGACUUGGGCACCCAGCCUCUACCUGAGCGCAUCAACAUGAAUGAUAUCAAGAAGCUGCAGACACUCUACAGAGACCACUGCGAGGCCACUUUGGAUGUAGUGAUGAACCUCCAGUUUCACUUCAUCGAAAAACUCUGGCAGACCUUUUGGUAUUCAACACCGCCAUCUAGUGACGGCAGCACCUCCAUCCCCAACAGUGAUGAUGACCUGGAGGGUGUGAUCCCCAGAGAGAAGCUGGUGGCUCUGUGUAAAUAUGAACCAGUCAGACUAUGGAUGAGGAGCUGUGAUCACAUCCUCUACCAGGCCCUGGUGGAGAUCCUCAUCCCUGAUGUUCUGCGCCCUGUCCCAAGCACACUCACUCAGGCCAUCCGUAACUUUGCCAAGAGUCUGGAGGGCUGGCUGACUAACGCCAUGACCAACUUUCCUCAAGAGAUUAUCCGCACCAAGGUGGCUGUUGUGAGCGCGUUUGCUCAGACAUUGAGACGUUACACCAGUCUGAACCACCUGGCUCAGGCAGCCCGCGCCGUCCUCCAGAACACGUCGCAGAUCAACCAGAUGCUCUCUGACCUGAACCGUGUGGACUUUGCUAACGUCCAGGAACAGGCAUCCUGGGUGUGUCAGUGUGACGAGAGCGUGGUUCAGCGUCUGGAGCAGGACUUUAAGGUCACCCUGCAGCAGCAGAGCUCCCUGGAUCAGUGGGCCACCUGGCUAGACAAUGUAGUCUCUCAAGUCUUGAAGCCUCAUCAGGGCAGCCCCAGCUUCCCUAAAGCAGCACGGCAGUUUCUGCUAAAGUGGUCCUUCUACAGCUCCAUGGUGAUCAGAGACCUGACCCUGCGCAGUGCAGCCAGUUUUGGCUCUUUCCACCUAAUCCGCCUCCUGUAUGACGAGUACAUGUUUUACCUGGUGGAACAUCGUGUGGCUCAGGCCACCGGAGAAACUCCCAUCGCUGUCAUGGGAGAGUUCAGUGACCUGACCUCUAUGAUGCCAUCACUCAUGGAGAAAGAUACAUCCUUCUCUGACGAGAUGAGUGACCUGGGCAGUGACGCCGACGCCUCCAGAGGGCCCGCUGAACCGGCCGUGAAGAGAGAGCGGAUUGAAAUGAGUCACCCUCUGCAGGAGAUGUGAGUCUGAGCGAGGCCUGUCCAAAAGCCAUGAGGACCAUUAUCUCUCCCUGAAGAGAAGGUGACCCAGAGGUUUCUUUAGGGUCUUUUAGGGACACUGAGGGACAAGCACACUGUGUCCCUCUGCAGUCAGAGUGUGCAAUGUAUAUAGAGAAGAAAGUAGCAGCAUCAGUCCUCCCCUCACUAGAGUUUAAACAGACACUGAUCAUUCUUCUGACAUAUGUCUGUUUAUUUUUUUUACUUUAAGGGGUGUAACAAGGGCCUGAUUUUCUUUUGUUUUAUGUUCAACUGUGAAUGACUUUGUGCAGUACCUUUUAAUUGGAUGUGUAACUUUGAGUGGUGGUGUGUGCCGUUUCUGUGAUUCUCCUACUCUCUUCCUAUUCUAAUUUGAACUAGCUGUGCCAUAGUGUCAUUUGAGUGCCUUAGAUCACUAACUUAAAAAAACCACCACUACAUACAGAUGUCUAUCUGUCCCUCAGCUGUGCCUCUACCGCAGUAUGAAUGUAUCGUCUCCAAACCUCAAGACAUUCAAAGCACCUUUAACGUAGAUUUGGGUGUAGGUGUGUACUCUCUCCUUGUUGCCUCUGCUGCAGCUCGCAGCUUCUUCACACAUGCACACAAAAAUGACGACAAACAUGCAACUUACUGACCCAAAGGACCUUUCCCUGAGUCGUUCCCACCAGCGAAGUUACAGUCAAGAAGGCAGUGGGCUCGGUGCGUUACCUGUGAGUUGUUGGUUUGUUUACCUCAAUAGAUUUUAAUGCUGUGCUCCUUUUGGCUCAGAUCACAGGAGGAAAGUGUUAAAGAAAUGUAGCCACUGUUGCAGUCAGUGUCUCCUAUUCCUUUUUCCAUUUAUGUAAAUAGCUCUCCGCACAUGGUUCCAGUCCUGAGAUAGCUUGCUUUAAGGAUGAGUUAAGACUUGGUGAGGAAAAAUUCCAGACUAAUAGACUUGAUGCUAAAACCUAAAACUGGAAUCUGCUCGCUCUCUCUCGCUCUCAUUAAGCCUGAUUUAAAAUUAGAAACAUGAAAAAAGAAAUGCUGGAAGAAGCACUUCACAGACUCAAAAUAUAGAUUUGGGGUGCUCUUUGGACUGAGAUUCAAACAGUUCCUUUAUUUUCAUGAAAUAGUUGUGAGCCUUCAGCGAAAACUUUGACCUGUUUUGGCAUCAAGCCAAGAGAGGGUCCUGGGGGUGUACCACAAAGCCAUAUUAGAUAGUAAGCCUGGUUUGUUAGGCCUAGAUCACCAUAGCUGAGUCUAAACCAGGAUGCAGGAUAUUUGAUUUUUGCCAAUUUCCAAAAAUGCUGAUAUUUACAAAAAAUAUCAAUGUUAGUUGAUAGAUGUAGUUCCGACCUAAAUGUUCGAUCCUUAAAACAAACAAUUUAAAGUUUGAAGAUGGACAAAUUAACAAGUUUCAGUCCCUAAAACACACUAUAAAGUGUAAGGAUUGAUGAGAAAUGAAGAAAAAAAUUCAAGCGACAUAGGACUAUUGGUCCAGCCUAACCUUCAAUUUCCACAUACAACGGCUGCCACAUGAUUAGCCUGCAAAACGCUCUGCAGAGAAAUUUGCUCCCUCUCUAGCCAAUCAGAACAGUGCCACUGCUCAUGCGUCUGUCUGGCUCUUUAACAAGCAGAGUGGACUGGUUCUUUUUGGUGCUGGCUGCUGCCAAACCACAUCAAGCCAGAUCAGUAGAGCAGAUUGAUCCAAACAGCCAGAAUGAUGUGCAGAGUACCUUCAAAAAGCAGUUUAAAUCAUUACUAUAUCAACAUUACGUAUGAUCCUGCACACGAGCAAAGGGUCAUUGGGAGGUCAGUGGGUAACAAAGCUACAAUGGUACCAUUGAUGAGGAAAGGUUAACAUUUGAGGUGAAAAAACAGAAUUUUACAUGAAACCACACUUUCCUUGUAGCAAACAUAAACCUUUUAACUUCAUAAUGUAAUCACCCAUAGUAGAAACAACAAAACCAUGGAAUCAUGAUGAAAUAAACACAAAUCGACCCCCUAAAGGCAAAACAAUCCACUGUUGACAAACCAUUCCUGUGUGAACUUGUAGUUCUCCCUGCCCUCUUGUCUCAAGCUGAUCAGGGCUUUGCUGCACAUCGCUGCAGACACACUUCCAGUGUGCGAUGUUGCUUGCUUUUAGGUCGGAGCAAAACUGUGACGCUGCCAGUGAAUUUGGAUAUUUUCAGUAAAACUCCACUAACUUAUUUGUUCAUACCACCAACACUUAUAGCUGAUGUAGGCAGAUAUUUUUUUCCCAAAAUAUCGGUUUUAAAUAUCAGGAGGAAUUUUCAUAAAUGCCAUUACUGAUAUUUCACUUUCUAAACUCACAUCUGCAGAUACCGAUAUCUGUAUCAUUCCGAUUUUAACAUGUAUCCCUAGUCUAAUCUCAUAAUCUGGUCAGGAUUAGUUUAUGUUCAGAGAUGAGGCUUUAAACUGGUUUAAAAGACACGCAUUAUACACAUCUUCACUUAGAAGAAAAUAUUUUUGGAAACUUCAGGAAUCAUAAAAUUAAGUUUGAUGCUAUAUCACUGACUUCCCCUUGUUUUCACCUGUUUGAAGGCUAUUCACAUGUUUAAUUUCAAUAGAUUAUCCUCAUCGUAGAGGGCACAGCAUUUUAGGAAACUGGUAAUUUUAGGUUUGGUCAUAAUAUCCUGAAAAGCCUGAACAUUAUAGGAUAUCAUCCACAGGCUAUGGCCUUUAACAUUUCAUAAUGUAACAAGUUAAAUCAAUUCAAAAAAUAUGUUUGACUUUGAUAAAGCCAGAUUGAAAAGUUUCUGCAUUUUCAUGACACAAAGGAUAUCAGACCAAACAACAGUUCCUGGUUAUUCUGCUGUAAUGAUGUGUCAUGGUUAAGGUUUAAGAGUCAUAAUAGAGAAGCAGCAACAUCUUGUCAGAUGGCAAAAUAAACUAAUUCAUAAAUAUAUAUAUAUAUUUAAACCAAUAUUUUUUGUAGCAUCUCUGUGUACAGCAGCAGGGUUUUUUAAACCACAAAAACGUUAAUAUAUUCAACAUUUCACAUUUCACUCUGACAGAAUCAGACGUACAGUGGUCAUUCCUCUUUUUGCAAAAGAAGCAUCAGAUGACGCUAAACACUCGCUUUAAGGUGAGCUUCAGCUUCAAACAGACAGCCUUGAUAAACAGAGCGAGUUCACAUCCAGCUUUGUUGUACUCAUCAUCUCUAGCUGGAGCUUAAAGCUCUUCGAGGCUCUUAGCUGAGGAAAGCCUAGCUGUGUUCAGUUCGCUUUGUGGUUCAUCCCCUGAGCUCCUCUUGUUUUUCCUUUAAAAAAAGUGGUACAUUUCAUCAUUUACUCAUAAAAUGUAGAGAAUAUGGACCUGUAAAACCUAUUCACAAAAAUAGGAUUUCUGUGGCGCCUUAGUAGGCUCUCUCCCGACUUCAGAUACUUUGACCUCAUGCUAUUACUCAGAAAAGUCUUAUAUAUAUAUAUACAUCGGUUAUUUGGGGAAUCUGUCCAUAGUAAAUUAUAUAAUUCUAUAUAUCUUUGUAUGAUGUAGGAAGUGUGUGCUCUGUGGCCUUUGCCUGAUCUCUCCUCACACUGUAUCAGAAGAAAAAAGCUUUGAUGUGUAAUGAAUUAGAGUGUGUGAUUAAUGUUUCCAAUCUUCAAAUGUUGAAUUUAUGAAUUGUAAUGAUGACUGCGGUGCUUCUACUCCACAGUCAAAUAUUAAACUGUCAUAAGAGAAACGUCUAUUUAUAUGAAAUAUUCUGAUUUGAUCGACAUCUGCUCUGUGUUGAAAU